ACAUUGCCAAUUUCACACCCUCCGAAACAAAUUUUCCAAUCGACAGCAUUUACAGAACGACUCCAUUUGACAAUAAUACCAUGUUAGACAAAGAAGCUGCCUCAAUACUCAGCGUUUUAACACCCCUCAAGAAAUCAUAUGAGUCAGUUAUCAGAAGAUAUGAAUUAUUGGCUAUAAAAAAUAAACGGCUCAAUAAGAACAAAACUGUGUGGCCCAUUGCAAAAGAAUCUCUCAUCAACCUUAAAAUUUCAUCAUACAAGAAACCACUACAAUUGAACACAUAUACAAACCAACCCGUUAGUAAUGCAGAUCCUGAAAACUAUCAAAGUGACCUAUAUCUAUAUACUAAUAAAGCAGAAAACACAUAUCACCAGACAACACCUCUUGCACAUCAAAUCAAAAAUCAACAUGAGCGACCCAUUAGACUUCCUCUUCUGGCCUGGCUGGAAGAACUUUUACCAAACAACCAGGGUGAUGAAAUCAAG